AACACUGCGCAAGCCCCCGGCGCCGAGUCGCAAGCCGCAACUGAUCAGUCCCCUCUCGACGGUCGUAUCGUGCACCCACGCCGCGAAUUGUGUUUACCUAACAUAACCCGUGUGUUUGUUUAGUUUCAAACGUUCCUAUAUUAUACGUGAAAAAUGGCUGACAGUGGUCUGAAGAGAAAUAUCCCCAUCAAGCUCGGCGAUUUCUCAGUCAUCGACACUGAAUUCUCGAGCAUCAGGGAGAGAUUCGACGCCGAAAUGAGAAAGAUGGAAGAAGAAAUGAGCAAAUUCCGUUCGGAGCUUAUGAACAGAGAAAGCAACAAUUUCUUCAAGAGCACAACAAGCUCGUCCACGACGACACAGCACAGUGAUAGCAGACAGUUGGCCGAGCCCAGCCACUGGGACAGUCUCAACUCGCCACUCAUCCAAGACGAAGGUGACGGCAAAUCUCUUAAGCUGCGCUUCGACGUCAGCCAAUACACUCCCGAGGAGAUCGUCGUAAAGACAGUUGACAACAAAUUGCUAGUACACGCUAAGCACGAGGAGAAGUCCGACACAAAGUCCGUGUACAGAGAGUACAACAGAGAGUUCCUUCUGCCUAAGGGCACCAACCCCGAGGCCAUCAAAUCGUCCCUGUCGCGCGACGGCGUGCUCACUGUGGAGGCGCCUCUGCCGCAGCUCGCAAUCACCGACAGGAACAUCCCUAUCCAGAAGCACUGAGCACUGCGCUCCCUAGUGGUCCACUUCGACACCAGCUAUUCCAUACUACUGUUAAUAAUUUAUUAUAAUUUACGUUUUAUAAAUUACUAUAAGAAAUAUUUGGAUAUUAUUUGAUAUUUAUUUCGAUUUAGAUGAAAGAAUCUCAAUGUUUUUUUGUAUCAAUCGCGGAUUUUUAAUUCCGCUUCCUUUUGCGCAUCGCAGCGUAUCGCACCGAACAUAUUAUGUUGCUUUAGUGUCGAUGCUUGUACUGUGAUCGAG